AUGACUGGCACAGAAUAUCAAAAAGAGGGUGAUGAAGAAGUAAAGAAGAGGCGGACUUUUAGGAAAUAUUUUUAUCGGGGAGUUGAUCUCGACCAGCUCUUGGAUAUGAGUGUUGACCAAUUGGCCGAACUGUACUCCGCGCGUGUGCGAAGACGCAUACGUCGAGGUCUGGGGACCAGACAUAAAGCUCUCCUUCAGAAGUUGCGAAAAAGCAAAAAGAACUGUCCUAUAGGGGAGAAGCCAGCUGUUGUCAAAACUCACCUGCGCAACAUGGUUGUUUUUCCUGAAAUGGUCGGUUCCGUCGUCGGUAUAUACAAUGGCAAGACAUUCAAUCAGGUGGAGAUCCGUCCAGAAAUGAUUGGUCACUACCUUGGCGAAUUCUCAAUUACUUACAAACCUGUGAAGCACGGUCGGCCUGGUAUUGGUGCUACUCAUAGUUCGAGAUUCAUCCCACUUAAGUGA